AUGCAGGAGGAGGCAUUCAGCCCUGACUCCGAGCUCCGUGUGAUUGGCUCCACUGGUAGCGUUGCCAUGCUCGCUAACCGUGUCAGACUCUAUUUGGCUUAUUCUGCAGGCAUCCUCAGACCGAUUGAGAUGCCUGAGCUUUCACCCAAACUGGCAGCGUCUGUGAUUGGAGCUUCUCAAAGGCAAAUACCCAUCUGUGGUACCUGAGCUAAAGCGGCGUGCGCUCCUGUUUGUGGGCCAUACUGAUAAAAAUAAAAAACGUCAGAGGAGCCUACAGGCGGAUUCUGGUCCUGCUGCUGCUGCUGCUGCUGUGAUUGUGUUUAAAUCUAAUCACCUCUAUCCUGCUCUGGAUCUCACAGGUUCAGAGCGGCCUGAGGAGGGGAGUUUAUUUAAUAGACAGGAGGAAAAGAGACAACUACAUCUGUUUGUAUCGUAUCAAAAAAUCCUCUUUUUUUCAGUUUUUGUGCACACGUCUCUGUCGCCCUCCAUUAGAGCAGGAUAUGUCGUGAAAAUAAGCAGGAGCUCGUUCAUGUUAGCUAUAUUAUUAAGGUUUCUUUUCCCCUUCUUGGAGCGAUACUCUCCUGCACUCCUGUACUUUUUUUUCCCCCAGAUUGUUUUCACACAAUAGAGAGGACGGCCUGUCUGUGCACAUACACUCAGCUGCAAAUCAAAUCACACGCUGCGGUUGUUCCUCAGCGACAGGUGAGACACAGCCUGCAGAAACACACUCACAGCAGAGGGACGGCCACAUUACACACACACACACACACACACACUCAGGUGAUGUCAUGUGUUUUUACGGUUUGCAGCAGACCUUUAAUGACAGGGGCUGUGUCGUGUUUGCUGCGAUUACAAGUUAAAAAUACAGAUUCUUCUUUUCUUAAAUGCAAUUGUGUUUUUUUUAAAAGGCGUACAUGAGUCUUAGAUCAAUAGAUUCAUGCUCUCAGAGAAGAAGGUGGUUUCUCAGGUCAGUACGUAUUGUGGCCGUGCACUGGGGGUUAUUUUUGACUUUAUAAACAGGCGACAAAGAGAAAAGAAAUGAGGGUGAGGAGGAAAACAGAGGUCCAGGAGCAGAAUUGGAUUGUUGGUACAUGGUCGGCAUCUUGAGCACCGGUUGCAUAAAUUUACUUCUCCUUCCUGUUACUGAUUAAAUCGGCUUUUCUUUAUUGUCAUUUCUGCACCUUAUGCCUUUUAUUGAUGCAGUGGAGAGUUACCAGCUUCAUGUUGGUGACUGUGGAGUUUUCCUGGAGCACCAGCUGAAGAGAGCUAACCUAUUACUCUUCUGUUUUUUUUUCAGCUGCACCAAAGAGGAACUUCAGAGCAGGAAAUCAGCUACCGCAAAACGUCACCGGUGACCAAUCAUCACCUGUUUGACCUUCUGCAUUCAGGCACAAAGAGGCCCAGGAUGAUGAACUGCUCCUAA